AUGAAUAUCUCCGAGAUCACGACAAGCUCUUCUUCCACCAACCAAGCUUCUGAAGUUGAAGAUCUCACCUCGCAACUUGCCGAACUGGAAACCCAAGAGCCCAAGAAUAGUUUUCUGCAAGAUACUGUUCAUGAGGUUGACAUUGUAAGAAUAAACGAAGAUGAACCCUUGCUUUCGGUAACGAAAUUCGAAGAGUUGAAUUUGGAUCCGAACUUGUUGAAGGGCAUCUAUGAAAUGGGUUUCACCACACCUUCGAAAAUCCAGGCAAAAGCAUUACCCCUACUCAUCAAAUCUCCACCUCAAAACAUGAUUGGGCAAUCUCAAUCGGGCACCGGUAAAACUGCAGCUUUUGUUUUAACGAUGCUGAGUCGAAUAGAUUUUAAUCUGAAGGCACCACAGGCGCUUUGUUUGGCCCCGUCAAGAGAAUUGGCUCGUCAAAUUAUGGCGGAAGUUAAGAAGAUGGCGAAAUACACAUCGGUAACAACUGCCGAAGCCAUUCGAGACUCCAACGCGAACUCGAGAAUGGAAAAGAAUAGGGGUGAUGCAUUUAAAGAAGCUCAACUCAUUGUCGGCACACCGGGUACAGUCUACGAUUUGAUCAAGAGACGUUAUCUCGAUCAGAGACACAUGAAGAUCUUUGUUUUGGACGAAGCCGACAAUAUGUUGGAUCAACAGGGAUUGGGUGAUCAGAGCAUAAAGAUAAAAAAGCAUAUCGUUCUCUUUUCAGCCACCUAUAAGGAACCUGUGCGUGCUUUCGCCGGAAGAUUUGCCCCCAACGCAAAUGAAUUUAGCCUGAAAGUGGAGGAACUUUCAGUAAAAGGCAUCAAACAAUUCUACAUGGAUUGCAAAGACGAAGAGCACAAGUUGACAGUGCUGAAUGAAUUAUAUUCACUGAUGACAAUCGGGCAAAGCAUUAUUUUCGUUGAGAAACGAAUUUCCGCGGAUAAGAUCGCCAAAUGCAUGACUGAUAUCGGUCACAAAGUUAUCAAUCUCCACGGUGGUCUUUCGACGACCGAACGUGACGAAGUGAUGGAUGGAUUUCGUAAGGGUAACGCCAAAGUAUUAAUUGCCACGAAUGUACUUGCGCGUGGCAUCGAUGUCUUGCAGGUUAAUCUCGUGAUCAAUUUCGACAUCCCAAUUAAAAGGAACAUGAAAGGGGGGAACGAGCCCGACUAUGAAACAUACCUUCAUCGCAUAGGACGCACGGGUCGAUUUGGGCGUGAAGGAGUUGCCAUCAAUCUGGUUUCCGACGAAACUAGCUGGAAAAUUCUCAAAGAGAUCGCGCACUUUUAUGAACGGGAAAUCGAAAAGAUUGAUAUAAAUGAUGGUUGGGACAAUGUCGCCAAGUUCUUGCGAAAGUUCCCCACCCCACCCUUCCCCCUUCAUCUUUUUCUAGCGAUCGAAGAAUACGCCUUCUUUCUCUUUCCGCCCGAAAUCGUAUAUAGCAUGGUCGAUCCGGACGCCAGCGAAUGGCUCAAAUCGCAACAGCGCGGUUCUCGCAACCAUCGCAUAAUAAUUGUCACCCUCGGAAUAAUCGUGUUGAUAGGUGCUGUCACCGGAAUCGUCUUUAGCGUCUUGAAGAAUUCUCAUGGUGCACCCGAUGGCUCGGGCAACGGGAAGGGAAUCAACGGUGGCAACAAUACUAAUCCUGGGAACAACCCCAAUCCCAAAAAUCCCGCCGGAGGUCCUGCAAGUCCUGACACAAAAUAUCUCACCUGGGACAAUAAACCUGUCAAUUUGACCAUAAAUCCGGAUUCCAACCUGAAAAAAUCAUUUUACGGGUUGAAUUAUGGACCCGUGAACGCCUCUUUUCCUUGGUGCGGAAACACCUUGGGCGAUGUCAUCGAAGACAUCAAAAUGAUUUCGCAACUUACAAGCAGGCUUAGACUUUAUGGAAUGGAUUGUAACAUGGCGGAAUACACCCUCGAAGCGAUCCUUCUCUUGAAAUUGGACAUCACCAUCGUUCCCACAAUUUGGGUGGAUGACAAUGAUACCACUUAUCAGAGGCAACACGACAGUUUUUUCGAUUUGAUAAACAAAUACGGAGUGGACCACAUUGAUGGCGUGUCCGUGGGCAAUGAAGUCAUUUUCCGCAAGGACAUACCGACGCAAAAAUUAUACCAACGUAUCGCUGACGUCCGCAGCAAGGUAAAUUCGUUGGGUCUCAAGAAAAAUUUACCGGUUUUCACCUCCGACCUGGGUUCAAACGUCGAUUCGGCUUUUGUGGCAGCGAAUGACAUGAUUUGGGCAAACGUGCAUCCAUUCUUUGGUGGUGUAAAUGUUGAUCAAGCGGCAAACUGGACAUUCACAUUCUUUAAGGAGAACGAUGUUGUAGUAGCAAAGGGUAAAGAUACCAUUAUGUCGGAAGUGGGCUGGCCAACUGCCGGCGAUUCUCAGCAAGGCGCUGUUCCUUCAGCACAAAAUUUGCAAACUUUCCUGAGCACUUUCAUUUGUCCUGCAAACGAACAAGUUAAAUAUUAUUAUUUCGAAACCUUUGAUGCACCAUGGAAAGCGCAGAAAUGGACUGUCUUGGAAGGAAGUUGGGGAUUAUUCAAUCCCGACCGAUCUCUAAAAUCAGGAGUCACUCUUCCUAAUUGUAUUGCUCCAUAG